CUUCAUUCCGUUUUUUUUUUUUCCUUCUCCGAAAUACAUACCAUGGCCGCAGAUGAAACGAUAUGUCCAUUCAAGGACAACGUUCAACAGUCACAUUCACUUCAUCUGUUAUCGCCUUCAAUCAGAGCCACGCCAAACCCUUCGACGAAGUCACUUCGUUAUGACAAUAGUAUCGAUACGUCUCCGCCUUUCUUCUCGUCUCUGCUUUUUUGGACCACCAAGGCACUUUCUAUCCCCGAAAUUGUUCUGCUAAUCCAAGAGCAGUUACUGAAAAGCAACUGUCGUGCCACUCUGUGCCUCUCGCUGCGCGUUUCAAGACUUUGGUACCAGACUGGCCGUCAUCUGGUAUGGCAGUCUGUUGAUUGGGACAAUACCUUAACCGGAUCGUUGCAGGAGCAGUUGAUGCUGCGAAACUUAUGCGGUAUUAAGACUCUGAGAUGCAUGUUCCACUCUCAAGCUGGAACAUGUCACGUAGAUUCGUCUACUCUAUUAGGAUUGCUUGUUGCUGUUGCCCAUGAGCGCAAUACAAGCACCGUCGUUAACAAUUGUAAUGACGGUAAUAAUGAUAACUCGAUUACGCAAGACAGCAUGAGGAAAGGACUAACAACAGCAGCAAUGCCGUCAACUAUCCUAGCAGCUGUUGAAUCUAGAACGAGUCACCUAGAAUUCAGUAGCAGUGGCAAUAUAGCUCUCAACAGUGCUAAUGAAUCACCGUUAUCAGAUUUGAAUACCUCCGGAUGGCCCGUGCCAAGAAAAGUCAAACUAGAACAGCUCUUCCUCAAAGGUCAUUUUGACCUAAAGGGCUCAACUCCCUCAUCAACCCAAACAGCCUACUCAACCUCAUCCUCUGCAUUAUCAGUCUCUCAGCGGCUAGACCUUCAAAUUCCUCAGCCUUUGUCCUUUUUUGCUUUCAGUAUUCCGAGCUUGACUCGCCUGGAUAUCCGCCCCUCAGUCAGCGCAGCGGUUGAUAUCCAUUCAAUCUUGGAUUCUGCAGUCAGAUUGGAGCAUCUGGUGAUUUAUUCGCAUGGUUCGUUUAUAGACAGCAGACAAAUUAUAAACAAGGAGCAGCGGCAAAGCCAAAUAAUAACUGGGGGACUUCUACCUGUCAAGGAUACCCAUUGUCCACUUCGCUCGCUUACUAUUCAUCACCUGAGGAUCAGCCGUGAGGAGCUGGAGAGUGUGGCGGCACGAUGUCCUAACCUGACUGAGUUUCAAUCUGUCUGCAGUCCAGGCAUACUAUGGAAGGAUCGGCCAGCUCAGAUAUCAACAUCAACAACAGCUGCCUCUCUCUCUUCUGUUCCUCAAGCCAAAAGCCUUGUGUGCGCAAUCGCAGAGUCCUGCCCUAAGCUCAGACGGCUGCAUAUUGGGCUGCAACAAGGGGGAUUUCACCUGGAGAACAUCCAUGAGGCAUUAACUACUAUUCCUCACCUUGAGUCUUUGGGAAUCCCUGCAUUGGAUUGUACUAAGGUCACGAUGAAUACAAUUAAAACUGCUCAGAUGGGGAUGCAGCAUCAGAAUCGACCUUAUUCUAUGGAGUUAUCGUCGAAUUCAAGCACUACUAACACUCCACCUGCCACACAAUACCACCCUCAGCAAAUGGUGACGCCUUUAAGGCAUUCUUCGGCUGCGCGAGUAAUCCCCUUCUUGACCACGAUUUGCAUCAUGAACGUUUGCUCGAGCGAGAAAGUGAGUCAGGCGAUCCAUGACUAUUUAUGCUGGACUCCUUACCUGAAAGAGUUUUAUGCAUACAAUACAACUUUGUAUGUGGAACAGAUGCAGCUGAGUCAAGGUGUUGAAGCAAACCAAGAACAAGGACAAGAAGCUGGGCAUCAUGCUACUUUAGAGGUCAACUAUAAUAUCAAUGAAAACAACAACAGCGGCAUCGGGGAAUACCGUGACUCAGUUGAGGUUGAUACCACAAAUGCCUUGCAUCACAAUAUGUUAGAUGACUUGCAGAAUAUACCAGGGACCUCAUCGUCCUCUCUGCAUACACUUCCUCCUGUGAACAAUAAUUGUAAUGAUACCAGCACAGUCGCUGCGACUACAAUAACCAUGGCUGCUAUGGCGAUACCUACUUCCAACAAUAAUGGCAAUAGUAGUAAUAGUAACAAUGGCCCCACUGCUACGACUCCCAGCACAGCUCCUGCUCCUCGUCAAUGGGCCUGCACCAAACUGGAGCGGUUGGUGGUUCGUUUUGCUCACUUGCCUUGGCGUAAUCUAUCAGACCCACCUAGACGUAGCAGGCAUACUUUUUCUUUUCUCUCUCGGCUGCAAAAUUUGAAACACUUGUGUAUCAAAGAGGGACUGAUGUUGGAAGUUGGUCGAGAGUAUGAGGCUUUAGCAGAGCUCAACUCGCUAGAAGAAUUAGUAUUCACGACAUGUUACCCUAUCCCACUCAAACCUUCGGAUAUUGAGUGGAUGAAAGUAAUGAAGCCUCGGGCACAAACACGGAUACAACGUCAGGAAAAGACAACAGCAGCCGCAACGAUAGAAACAAAUAAGGGACAACAAAACAAUAGCAGUAGUUACAAUGAGCAAUUGAAGACCGUAGUGAUCCGUCGUCAAAAGGCCAAUGCGAUAUUAGAUCGAGAGAUGACAGAAUGGUUUCAACGAUAUCGUCCAGAUGUCAAGUUUUUGUUUGAGUUGACGGAUUGUUGUGAGGAAGAGUAUAACUUUGAACAUUAAAAGUGGGAAGAAGAAAAAUAAAAAUUAGCAGGG